AUGAAUACAAUUGCAAAUAAUGUGAUGACACCUUCACCAUCACUAUCAUCUACUACAACAACAACCUCAAAUGCUCCUGCACCAGCAAAAGCAAAUACAAUAUACACACAAGAAGCUGUUAAAAAAAUAUUAGAGGAGAACCAAAUUCUUAUUUCUACUAUAUUGGAGAAUCAGAAUUCAAAUAGAUUACAAGAUUGCGUUGGAUAUCAAAUAAAGUUACAAAACAAUCUAGUUACACUUGCAACUGUUGCUGAAUCUCAAAAACAACAUCAAAACAAUCUAUCAUUGCAAGCUAUAGCUACACAGAAGGGUGGUGCUAAUACAGGGCAACAACAACAAGCUCAAGCUUCACAGCAACAGCAACCACAACAACAACAACAAGUACCACAGCCAAAUACACCUCCACUAUUGAAUGGUCAAGUUGCUCAACAGCAACCAAUGCAACAGAAUCCAACACAACAACAAACUAAUCCUCAGCAACAGCAACAGCAACAACCUAACCAACAAUCACCUACCUAUGGAUCACCAGUGGUAAACACAGGUAAUGCAGCUCUUCACAUGAAACCCAAUAAUAUGGUUUCACAAACACAACCACAGCAACAACAACAACAACAACAUGCCAUUCCAACUCAACAACAGAUGGUGGGACAACAACAACAACAACAACAACCUAACCAACCACAGGAAAUGCAAUCACCACAACAACAACAACCUAACCAACAACAACAACAAGCAAUGCUAAAUCAAACAUCCCCGCAACCAAAUACACCUGUUCCUUAUUAUUAUCAGCAACAACCUAACCAACAACAACAACAACAACAACCCAAUCCACAGCAACUUGGCCAACCACAAGCUAAUAAUAGUCCUGUUGCUCAGAAACCACAACAACAACAAGGAUAUCCAGGACAGUUACCACAACAACAGCAACAACCUAUAUACCAACAACAACAACCUCAACCACAACCCAAUGCAAUGUCACCACCAGUCAAUCAACAACAAGCACAACUUGCAUCACCUCACCAAAUACACUCACCACAUCAACAGCAACAACAAACCACCACGACCAAUACUGUAGUGCAACAAAACUCGCCACUCGUACAACAGUCGAUGAUGGUAAAUAAGCCAAUGGCAAACAUCGGACAAUCCGUUCAGCAACCAAAUAGCCACUCACCAAUACAAUCACCCAUUCAACAGCAACAACAACCUUCACCAAUGCAACAGCCGACUCAACAACAACCAUCGCCAAACUACCAACAACAACAACCUCAACAGCCAUCUCCCAUCCCACAACAACAACAACAACCAGCUCAACAACAACAACAACAACAAGCUCAAACACAAUCACUGGUUGCCCAGCUUCAACAACAGAUAGUACUUUUGCAGCAACAACUUAAUUCAAUACCUCAGAAAUAUCAACAUUUACAACAACAGCAACAACAACAAGCUAUUCAACUUCGAGAACUCAAUAACUACUACGCACAAGUUCCUAUUACUCCACAAAUACAAGCACAGAUCACUAACAUGCAAAACUCACACAAUCAAUACCAACUCGCAAUGAAUCAACUCCAACAACAACAAGCACAACUCAGUCAACAACUACAAAAUACACAAGCACAACUACAACAAGCACAACAACAACAACAAGUACAAGCACAACCACAACAACAACAACUACAUAUUGAACAACAAUCAACUACUCCUCAACAAGUAAAUCAACAGCAACAACAACAACAACAACUAUCUCAACAACAACAACCUGUUUAUAUGCAACAACCUACACAACAAGCAAUCCCAGUCAAUAUAUUCAACCAACACAUAAAGAAUUUCCAAGAUCAACUUCAAAAUUCAAAGAAUCAAAUACAAAAUGUCACUCAGAUGCUCACACAAUUCCAAGCUAUUCCACAACCAUGGCAACCACAACAACAACAGCAAUACACACAAUUCCAGGUUCAGCUGAAGAGCUUUACAGACCAUGCCAACUACCUCCAACAGAUUCUAACAUCACCUCCACAACAACAACAACUCAUUAUCCAACAACUUAUAAUGCAACAACAGCUACAACAACAGCAACAGCAACAACAGUUAAUGCAGAUGUCACAAGCACAGCCAGGACAACAACCACUACCACUCCAACAGCAACAACAACCACUCCAACCACCUCAACAAUCGGUACCGGCAGCAAUCCAUCUGAAACAGCCAUCGUCUCCACCCAACACAACAACACCAGCCACACAAAAAGUCGAUAAAAAGGGUAAAGUCAAAGAGAAGACCUCCCACUGGACACAAGAGGAACACCAACUGUUUUUGGAAGCGGUUGCAAAGUUUGGAAUCAAAGAUUACCACUCUAUUGCUGCGCACGUCAAAUCUAGAAACCACCAUCAAGUCAGAACACAUGUCAAUACCUACCUCAAGAACCAAAAGAAGAAAGAACUCAGUGCCUCCAACACCUCUGUUGGUAGCAGCAGUAGCAAUAUCGUCAAUACACCAACCACCAAUCCACCAACUGGAAACACUCCACUCAACUCCUUUGUCACCGAAGGUUUUUCGUCACCAUCAUCCGCUCAAACACCAAGUUCACCUCCUUCUCAAGCAUCUCCUGAUAUUAAUACAUUGAUACAAUAA